AUGCACAAAGUAGAAGCCCUGUGUGAGCCCAUAUUGCUUCUGCAAGAGGCAGAAGGAAUUGGAAAGACAAUCCCAAUGGUGCUUUGUGGCAACAAAUUUGAUUGGGAAGACCAUAUGUAUGAGACUAGCACUAAGACAGGGAUCAAUGUAGAUGAGGUAGUGGUAGACCUGGUACGGCAACUCAUUAAGGCAGAGAUUGACUCAGCAAUCUGGUACUACUCAGAUGAAGGCAAAUUUUGA